AUGGGCUGGUUUGGAUCAUCAAAGCCAGAGGAGACGCAGACUGCUGUCCCCGUCUCCGAGUUCUCAGACGUGGCUGCUCCAUCAUCCUCGACGACGGGCCCUUUGUCCGCCGCUCAAUCGGCCUCGAUCAAGGAGGCUUUGAUGAAACAGAUCCAGACAGAGUCCAAUACGGCUAACGUACGGAUGUUGAUGGAGAACGUCAACUCAACUUGCUUCGAAAAGUGCGUUCCAAACCCGGGCUCAUCCCUAUCGGGUAGCGAGACGGCCUGCGUCACGGCGUGUACUGAGAAGUACAUAGCAGCCUGGAACGUCGUCAACGCCUCGUACUUGCGCAGGAUACAGCAAGAGGCCGCCAAGGCUCGAUAA